CCGCAUGUAGGCUUAACAGCGAGAGUACUAACACGUUUCAUACAGUCACAAUGAAGGUUGAAGUUGAUUCUUUCUCUGGUUCCAAGAUCUACCCAGGUAGAGGUACUUUGUUUGUCCGUGGUGACUCCAAGAUCUUCAGAUUCCAAAACUCCAAGUCUGCUUCUUUGUUCCACCAAAGAAAGAACCCAAGAAGAAUCUCUUGGACCGUCUUGUACAGAAGACACCACAAGAAGGGUUUGACUGAGGAGGUUGCUAAGAAGAGAACCAGAAAGACCGUCAAGGCUCAAAGAGCCAUUGUUGGUGCUUCCCUUGAGUUGAUCAAGGAGAGACGUUCCCUCAAGCCAGAAGCCAGAAAGGCUCAAAGAGAUGCUGCUGUCAAGGCCGACAAGGAAAAGAAGAAGGCUGACAAGGCUGCCAGAAAGGCUAAGUUGGCUGCUGCUGGUGGUGCUAAGGUCUCUAAGCAACAAGCUAAGGGUGCCUUCCAAAAGGUUCACGCUACCUCCCGUUAAGAAUGUGUUGGUUCUUUAAUUUGAAAUGUACAUUGUUUAACCACUGAAA